AUGUACGACGGCUUGGGGCACGUGAUGUCGCAGUUUGUUGCACAGCUUUGUUACCAAGUUGGCUUCGACCGAAUCACGGAGUCAUCUUUGGAUCUCUUGAUCCUCGUUGUAGAACGUUACCUGAAGAAUUUGGGAAUAAACAUACAACGAAUUGCUUCUUUGUGUGACGAGGAACCUCGAGUUGAAGAUGGAAUACUAGCACUUCAGUUACUUGGACAAUCUCCACACUCCUUACUCAAAUUUGCAGAAGAAGUCGGACCCUCUUUUACACCUCCCCCUAUUGCAAAAUGUGAACCAUUUUACGGAAAAGUUCUUGUUAAUGGCGCCCGUGAAUAUGGAUCUGAUUAUCACUUGUUUUCUGGCUCUGAUUCGUCCCAUACUCUUCCGCCUUUUGCAUCGCGCGAUGAAAACGGCCAUCAUUUGCUCCCUUCCGUUGAUGAAAACACUCGGUUCCCCAGCCACGCCGAACGGUUAGCAUGUGACGGUGUUUGCCGUUCUGCUCCACCAUCAGCUUCCACCAGCACUCGUCGCAAACUGCCUGCCUGGGCUGGUCAGUCCACUUACCGAUUGACCAGGGUUUCCGUUGAUCCGAUUACUAAAACUCUGGUGGAACAUGCUCCACUUGAGAAGAUAUCCGAUGUGCAGUUUGACCUUUGCGACGAUUUUUCACCGUCAACGACCGUUUCUGAGGUCACUCUUGAAACUCGUUUAGCCACCCCCAAUUUAACUGAUUCUCCCGCUGGAAAUACGUCUCCAUGUAGGCAGGGAACGAAUGACGAUUUGUGGAAUGCUGCUCUCAAGGCUACUCUUACACCUCAACCAGCAAAGCGUAUCGUUUACGCUCCAAGCCGAUUCGAUCCAGGGUCUUUUCCGUCGCACAUGCCUUCUGGGAAGCGCUCGCUCUCCAGCAAGCUGCUAACCAGACCCUCGUCGCUCACUUCGCUGCAUGCACGCUCAGUUCCAGCAGUCCGUCCUACAAAAUCAACGGCGUCAACUAUGUCCACAAAGUGUACUAGAAGAAGGCGAAAGGCGUUCCGCAAAACAAGAAAAUUGGCCCGUAAGCGCGGCCUUUCUGAUAAAAGGAGCAGAUUGCGUGACCCUCUGUCUCUCAGUCAACCUGUCAACACAUCUCCGUCGUCGACUAAUAAGUUACCUCCGCAUAAUCCAACAGAACCGCAGUCGGUGAUUGCGUCCUCUGAGAUUAUACACCAGCCACUGCCGCUUUCCACAGAUUUCGAAGCCACUUCUUCCUCGAAAUCGCUCAACUUGGCUGCGACUGGUGACGAGUUGUUCGUAGUGCUUAACAAAAUUUCUACAACCUCAGAAGGUGCAUACGCUGAUACCAAAUUUGAGCAGUUGGACAUACACUCCUCCAGAUGUGAUUCUCCAAAUGUCACUUUAUCUAGAGGAUCUCCAAUAGCUACUGUUCUGGAUCCAGAUUACCCACAGAUCCAUUCUCAUACAUUUACCUCAUCCAAUGUGAUAUCCACUUCCAAUACCACUUCGGACUCCUUGCGGCGUGUGAGACCCACACAUUCACGCGGCCAUAGGCGUCGUCCUCAUCGUCCUUCUGUCCACAGAGUAUCAGCUGUCAAUAGUCCCGUUCGAAACACCCCUCAUCCGCCAGCCCCAUCUCGUACAACAUCUCCUCUAAAAACGAGAUCAACGUCAUCUGUGACUUCCACAUCAGCCGUGUCGGAACCACGCACUACACGCCGAGAAAAGCAGGGGAGGCUAUCCGAUAUCUCCACUGAUAAAAUUAAAGAGAAGUAUCUGAAUAUGAGAUCUCACACUGAGCGCAUCAACAAGCGUACUGUUCCUAAAUUUACCGGCCCACGCCUGACAUCUGCUUUCAACUGCGCUCUGGAUGAUGAAAAGCUUCAUUUAGUCAGUACUCAUCCGGAGGUUCAUUUGAAGGAGGAUUCUCCCGCUUCUGACUCCACGGAGCCGAUGAUGGACUUAUUUCGGGCGCAGCUGUUAUCGGUGCCCACAAGUGAUCAACAAGGGUGCAGUUUAGACUCUCAAAGAAAUGAAUCGGUGCUUCGCUCAAGUGAUGGCUCACCGCGCCUUGGAAUGAUGAAGCCCAUAUCUUUUACAGGUCAACGUUUUGGCACCAUACAAUUCGCUGAAUCGCAUCAAGUAGAUUCCCUUCCUUCCUCACCCUCUUCCUUGGACUCGUCCCUGAGCUCCACAACCUCACUUUCUGCUGCCAGCACGACAGAAAUAUUAGAGAAUGCACAAAGUCGAGCGAAAUCUGCAAAUGUGCUUCUAUCGGGUUCUUUGCCAACUAUAAAGAUAUCAACUUCGACUCAUCAUAAACCGAGCUCAACCACAUUGACACAGCGAUCAUGCGAACUCGGUUUAUCUCCGCCGUCUUCGUUUGCCACUACCUUGUCGUUGGUUAAUACUUCGAGACAUAACGUGUCUUCCUCCUCGCCUCCCGUUUCGGAUAUUGCUACCAAUGCAUCCGGGCGUCCUCCACCGCUUCUGCCUAUUCUUCCUCAAGCGCCUUUAUCAUCUGCUGAUCGCAGACCCCCUGCGCGUUCCGAUACCCACGACGCGAACAACUUAUUGUCUCCUCCAGUCUUGCUGCCUGCGGAUGACAUUGCGUGCUCAAAUUAUUUCGUGCCUAUUCCGGGCUCCAACAACCAAGCAAAGACUGAAGUUCUUUCAAAAACGUCAUCGGUGGACAGUAGCAGUCUACGUUCAAAAAUGUUUUAUGGGGAGCCUAAUCUCAAAGAAACUCUUUCUUCCUCGUUAUCGCCAUCGUCCUCGUCAUCUCUAUCCUCUUCAGAAUCUACACCAACCAGUCCCCAUUGUGCGGAUCGAAUGCGUUCUACUGCUGCCUCGUUCGACAUUGCGCAGCCUACCUUAUCGGACACUUGUUCCAAUAAACUAACAAGACCGAUUCCCUCCGCCUCCCCGUCCUCUUCGGUUUCGGAUCGACAAGGCCCUGUUAAAACACCUAAAAUCGUCAUUCGUCUUACCGCAUCGGCUGGCACCACAGCUGCACCUCGUUCAUCACCACCACGGAAACCGCCAGUCAAUCCACUUGUUUCGACGGAGCCGAGUCAAGAAGCCCCUUGUUCCACUGCACCACCCUUGAGGCUAACUAUAUCGCGUGAUCGACUAAAUUACCGCGGUGAGCAAUCAAACUUUCCCAAAGCUUACGCUGAAUCGACCAGCACCAGUGACAGUGAGAGUUUACUGAGCAGCGGCGAUGAUGAUAAUGACGAAGCUGAGCUCAAACUUGCGACUGUCUCGGCCUCUGAUGUCCACUUGCAGUUACCUCCACCGCCAUGUUUGGAGCGGUUGCCCGAUCGUACCUCGUUCAACUUCCUAACCGGUGCUAAGCGCUCUGGUCGUAGUGUCCAGAUGCUUGAUGCUAAGCCACCCCAGGAAACUAAAGGAAAGCGGUUGUCUUCCGAUGCUUCUUUAUCCCGUUCUAAGCAAAUCUGCAGCAGAACAGACAUGUCCGCACACAAAGAAUUACCUCCGCUCCUACCCUUAUACUCUUCCACUCUAUCGAAACUCCCUAGCGCAUCGUCCACUCAGCAACCAAGGGACGCGACGCCAAGUAAAGCGGGAUCUUUCAUCCUUUCCAAGAGGAAACGGCUACCAACGAUUGGGGUGCACAACGACUCGGUAGCUAAAAGGCGCUUAGUAACCAACAAGCACGAAGGUUCCGGGGGCUCUGGUCAAUCUCUUUCGGUGACUACAGACGAUGUUGGUAAACCUCAUCUAGGUCGUGUCCGCGUAGAUUCUAUUUUCACUGACGAUGAAUCUGAUGCUAAACACCCUGACUCUUCACCCGCUUCUCACGCAGCCAGCCGUCUUCCACCUGCUCACUUGACAUUUAAAUGUGUCAGUGACACCUCUCACGCAAAGCAGCCAAUUCCAAAGAGCGAAUCUUCACCAUCCACUUCGUCAAAGAUAAGUUUAAGAUCAUCUGUGGACCAGAAAAGGAUCAAAGGUCGCCCGCGGACGAAGCACACAUCUGAGAUUAAGUCAUCUACCUACCCACUUGUUCUAAAAGGUUCCUCAACUUCCGUUGACGUCCCAUCUCAGUCACCAGCCUUUCGAUCACGGGAAUGUUCUAAGGUGAAGCACAUUCCCGCUUCCACUCUUACCAGUUUCAGCGCUGUCGAUAGUCGUUUUUCUUCGGUAGCACAGCGUCAAUCUUCGCAGGUUGUUGCUUCGGCUGGGAGCUCGUACUAUUUCAACAGUAAUGGGGAGCAAAUCUGGCUUUGUCCGGUUUGCCUCUUGGAAGACGAUGGCAAUCUGAUGAUUGGCUGUGACAGCUGCGAUGACUGGUACCACAGCACUUGCCUUGGGCUCUCUUCUGAACCCGAAGUGCCGCAGUGGUUCUGUCCCAAAUGCACUGAAAACCGGUCUUCCGGUGGGUUCGUUUCCACUGAUUUCAGCACCUGUACGGUCCCCUCCCAACCAGUGCAGUCGUCUCGGCUUCCCUCAAAACCUGGAGUUGUUCCGCGUCGUGGUCGCAAACCUCGUGGUGCGUCUUUCUGCAAACAUCUCAUCGGUGCUUCUAAGUUGCCUGUACGUAGGACCAAAUAACUUUGCUCUCUCAGACGCUUUUUUCUCUUGGCGUUUUUAUUUGUAAAUAUGUUAAUACAUAUACAAAUUGUGCAUUUUGUGAUUAUCGCAAUUGCGCCGUGACUUUUCUUGACCCAACAUGAUCUGGAACUGGUUUGCUGAUGGUUACUGCUGUAAUUUUGAGUGAGUCAAAGGGAAUAUCCGCAAUUCUCGACACAACGAGCUUGUAUAUAAUAUAUUUCUCGAUCGUGCAACAAACGGAAUUUAUAUGGGAUCGCAUGCUUUUCGCACACCAUAUACGUUUUGAAGCCUCAAAUGUGUUCCAGUAUGCUACCACCUCCAAACAAAAAUGCUUUAAAUG